CAGAAGGACCCUGGCUUGGGAAAGAGGCGUCGAGCUUACAGAAAAGCUGGAUGAUCCUGAGCACUGGUCUCAGUUUCCCCAUGUAUAGGAUGGAGACGCUGAACUAAGUGAUCUCCCAGAGCCCUGCCAGACCCAGCGUUCUAGCGCUCAGGACACCCCACCAUGCUCACGGCUCCCACCACCUCUGCUGUGCCUCGACCCCUCUCUCAGCCUCUCCCACCCGGCAACAGCAGCAAGGAGCGUGCGGACGCCCGGGACCAGCUGCUGGCCCAGGCGGAGCUGGCCCUGCUCUCCAUCGUCUUUGUGGCUGUGGCCCUGAGCAAUAGCCUGGUGCUGGGGGCCCUGGCGCGGCGGGGCCGGCGCGGCCGCUGGGCACCUAUGCACGUUUUCAUCGGCCACUUGUGCCUGGCUGACCUGGUCGUGGCACUGUUCCAAGUGCUGCCCCAGCUGGCCUGGGAUGCCACCGACCGCUUCCAAGGGCCUGAUGUCCUGUGCCGGGCCGUCAAGUACCUGCAGAUGGUGGGCAUGUAUGCCUCCUCCUACAUGAUCCUGGCCAUGACUUUGGACCGCCACCGCGCCAUUUGCCGCCCCAUGCUGGCAUACCGCCACGGAGGGGGCGCUCACUGGAACCGGCCGGUGCUGCUGGCCUGGGCCUUCUCGCUACUUUUCAGCCUGCCCCAGCUCUUCAUCUUUGCCCGGCGGGAUGUGGAAGGCAGCAGCGGGGUCUUCGACUGCUGGGCCCUCUUCAUCGAGCCCUGGGGCCUCCGUGCCUACGUCACCUGGAUUGCCUUAAUGGUGUUUGUGGCACCUGCUCUGGGCAUCGCUGCCUGUCAGGUGCUCAUCUUCCGGGAGAUUCAUGCCAGCCUGGUGCCAGGGCCAGCAGAGAGGGCCAGGGGGCGCCGAGGAGGGCGCCGGACAGCUAGUUCCGGCCGGACAGCUAGUUCCGGCGAGGGAGCCCCCGUGUCGGCAGCCAUGGCCAAGACCGUGAGGAUGACGCUGGUGAUUGUCAUCGUCUAUGUGCUAUGCUGGGCGCCCUUCUUCCUUGUGCAGCUGUGGGCGGCGUGGGACCCGGAGGCCCCGAAGGAAGGGCCCCCCUUCGUGCUGCUAAUGCUGCUGGGCAGCCUCAACAGCUGUACCAACCCCUGGAUCUAUGCCUCCUUCAGCAGCAGCGUCUCCUCGGAGCUGCGCAGGCUGCUCUGCUGCGCUCGGAGGCGCGCCCCGCCCAGCCUGGGGCCCCAAGAGGAGUCCUGCGCCACUGCCAGCUCCUUCCUGGCCAAGGACACUUCCUCCUGAGAGGCCAGGGGGCGCCUUCCUUCCAGAGGCCCUGGGAGAGGAGGGCGCGCUGGGAAUUGGCUCUGGAUUGUGAGGGGCCCAGGAGGUCAGCUCCUUGGCACGGGGUACCGAGAGGGCAACAGCGUGCCUGCCUGGGAGAUGGGGGUCCAUGGGAGCCCAGGAGGAGGGCAAGGGGGUAAGGCCAGGAGACCUUCCUUUCUUCACCUCCUUAGUUCCUCUCUCACUCUCUUUCUAAUAAAAGUGU